UUCCUGAAGUCCUGCCGAGCUCUUCUCAGCAAACUUUUCCGUCCUCCUGCUCAGUUUCGCGGUGAGCCAGAUGGUGAGGAGGCUCACUUGCGUUUUAUUUUGACACUUCACUCUGUAAGGGCCGCUGCUCCAGCACCAGCGGCAGGUGUUUUUCCACCAUGUCCUUAGCGGAUCAGCAGUGGUGUCCCACAAGCGUCCAGGUAACGGUGCUCCAAGCCAGGGGGCUCAGGAUAAAGGGGAAAAGCGGCACCAAUGACGCUUACGCGGUCAUGCAAGUGGGCAAGGAGAAGUACCAGACGUCGGUGGUGGAGAAAAGCGUGGCUCCAGUAUGGAAAGAGGAGGCCUCCUUCGACCUGCCGCCGCCGCUGCUGCUUCAGGGAGGAGGAGGAGGAGGAGGAGGAGGAGGGGGGAAGGAGCGCGGCACGCUGCACGUCCAGGUCCUGCACCGGGCUCUGGUGGGACCUGACAAGCUGCUGGGACAGGCUGUCAUCAACCUGCUGCAGCUUAGUGAGGACAAAACCCGCAGCAAGACUGAAUGGUUUAAGUUGCUGGAUAAAACCGGAAAGCCAGACAAAGACCGCGGAGAGGUGUUUCUGGACAUCCAGUUCAUGAGAAACAACAUGACCGCCAGCAUGUUCGACCUCUCGGGUGCAGGAAAAUCCCGCUCCCGCCUCGGAAAGUUUAAGGAUAAAGUCCGUGGAAAGAAAAAGGAUCUGGACUCUUCAUCAGGUGUGGUGCCUUCCCUCACACAGGUUCUGACAGACAGUGAGGAAGAAGAUGCAAACGGAGGCGGUGAGGCAGGAGCAGGCAAGGACGGAAAAUCUAAGCAACACAAGAGGAUGUCUUUGUUUUCUCCUAAAUCCAACCUGCAGAGGAACAUGUCUCAGUCCAUGUCCGUCCUGCCUGCGAAAAACUCCUCGUUGAGUGGCAGCCAAUCAUCUGGGCUGAACGUGGAGUCCUCUGAGGGGAAAAAGAAAUUCAAGUUCAAAAUCCAUAAACACUCAAGUGGCGCAGACAGCAAAGAUUCAACCUCAGGCCAACAAAAACAAGAUCAGAGCAAUUUGUGUAUCAAUGGCAGCCAUGUUUACUGUGAGGAGGUAGCACCUCGGACAUCUCGCUCUGGAUCCAGCUUCAGUCUAUCGAGUUCAGGACGUGGAUCCAUGGAGGAUGUACCGGAAAACUCGUCUCCAUCUGUGAAUUCACUUAAAGCAGGGAGGAAGUAUUCACCCUGGAUGGAGGAAGAGGAGGAGAAAGAUGACAGCAUUGAGGAUUUAAGAACAGUGGAAGAAGAAAAGGCCAGACUGGAAGAGGAGGCUAUUGGGAAACAACAAGGGGAGCUAGAGAGGUUGGCUAAAGAAAAGUUGAGGAGCGAUGAAGAGGAAAAGAUCAGGAAAGAGGAGGAAGAGCGGCAAAUAUUAGAAGAAAAAAGGAGGAAACUUGAUGAGGAACAAAAGAGGAGCAGGGAGGAAAGAAUCAAGAAAGAGGAGGAGAUGGCCCAGGAGAGGAGGAGGCAGGAAGAAGAGCAAAAAUUAGCCGAAGAACAGAGGAGACUAAAAGAGGACGAAGAAAGGAGGAUUGAAGAAGAGAAAGUCAGAAGAGAACAAGAGAGGGCUGACGAGAGGAGGAAAAAGGAGCAAGAACAAGAAAAGAGGCAAAGGGAGGAAGAAGAGAGGCUUAAGAAGGAAAAGAUUAGAGCAGAGGAAGAAGAGAAGGCUAGAAAAGAAGAGCAUGCAAGGCUAAUGGCAGAAAAGAGACUAGAGGAAGAGAGGAUUGAGGCUGAAGAGAAAUUCAGAAAAGUAGAAGAGGAAAGGAUUAAGAUGGAAGAAGAGAUGAAAAGGAAAGAACAUGAGGAGAAGUUGGCAAAAAAGAGGGAACUGGAGGAAGAGGAAAAGAGGAGAGAAGAGCAAGAAAAGAUGCAAAGGGAGGAGGACAGAAAGAUAAAAGAGGAAGAAGAGAGGCUUAGAAGACAUGAACUAGAGAGGCUGGCUAAAGAAAAGCUGAGGCAAGAGGAAGAGGAGAGAAGAAAGAUUGAAGAGCGAGCUAAAAGGAAGGAGGAGGAAAUAAUCCAGAAAGAGAAAAUGAGACAAGAGGAGGAAAGGAUUAGGCAAAAAGAGGAGGAAGAGGAGAGGAAAAGAAGGCAAGAAGAACUGGAGAGGUUGGCUAAGGAAAAGCUAAGACAAGAAGAAGAAGAGGAGAGAAGAAAGGUUGAAGAAGAGCAAGCUAAAAGGGAGGAGGAGGAGGAAAGGAUCCAGAAAGAGAAAAUGAGACGGGAAGAGGAGAAGGCUAAGAAAGAGAGGAUGGAAGAAGAAAAAAAAGAGGAAGAGAGAAUUAAAAGGGAAGAACAAGAAAAAUUGGAGGAGGAAACAAGAAAAAGAGAGGAAGACGAGAGAAUAAAAGAGGAGAAACGUAGAGAAGAGGAAAUGGAGAAAAAAAGGUUUGAAGAGGAGAAAAAUAGGAUUGAAAGGGAGAGAAUAAGGAGGGAGGAGAGGGCUGAGAAGGAAAGGCAGGAAGAGGAAGAAAGGAAACAGGAGAAGUUGGCAAAAGAAAAGAGAGAUAACCAAAUGAAGGCAGGACAAAAAAGUGUUGGCCCAAAAGUCAAACUGAGAGUUCCUGUUGAAAUCACCUCCACCAAUCCAUUUGAUGAAAACUUUUCCUCUUCCGAGGAAAGUCCCACCUCAUCUGAAGCAAAAACUGAUUAUCAAAGAUGUCAGUCAGCCGUGUCAUCAGUAGAAAGUGGGUCUGUUUCCAUCAAUGAAAAGGACCCAAUUAACGCUCAGCGGGAAAAAAGAGCUGCUCCUAAGCCUCCGGGAAGGAAUCAGCCAGAGAGGCCGAGACAGCAGGAGGAAGAGACUUCUGCACAACAUCUGUCACAAAUUAACAAGCAGAGUAAGGACAAGAAUGUCUUAACUGUCAGUGUUGCUCCUCAGCGCUCUGUGCAGAUGAUCGCUCCACUGAACAGAUCUUCCAAAGAUUCGAAGAACAUUCAGAGUGCAACGGAAAAUGACUCCACCAAAGAGGCAACAACCAAAAACAAUAAACGGCCAGCUCCAGCCAUACCCUGCAUUGCUGAGGACAAGCUUCACAGAGGUGUGGUGGAAGAAGACCGAGCUGUUCAUGGAUUAAAUCCGUUUGAAGAUGGAGAUGACAAUGAUGAAGAUGAAAAUGACCACACAGUUCACGAUAAUGUAACAACUUCUGGUAAAACUGAUCCAGUGUGUUGGCCUCCUGUCAAAUCACAAAGUGCUGACAGAGAUGCUGCUAAGAUCAAAUCUUCAAAAAUACUUCAUGCCCCCCUACCUCCUGCUACCCCUGACACCCCCUCGAGCUCCAAAAUCAGUCAAACCCAUGAUGAAAGCAAGGUUUCAGAUGACUUUGGAGCAACUGCUCCAAGUAAAGCAUGCUACCCACAAGAGGUCAAAGGUUUUGCUCAGGUCCAACAGAAUCCAAAUAAAGAGUCCAAACCGACUGUGAUUGUGGCAGGUGUAAAGGAAGAGGGCCCUCUUGCAAGUUCACGCAGACUUCAGCCUGUAAAACCACUUAAUCCUCUGGAGCAGCAGUCUGACUCAGAAGUUAAAGUUGGAAAUGAUAAAGCCACAGGAUUGGACCGCAAUGGCAUUCAGCACAAAACAAACGUUGGCACAGGGAGAUCAGGACCAUACUCCCAGCUGACUCGUGAAGAACUGAUCGCUCUGUUGUUGAAACAGGAGAGCCAGCUUUCUGAGAGAGAUAAAAAGAUAUCGGAGCUGGAACAGUACAUUGACAACUUACUGGUGCGGGUAAUUGAAGAAAAGCCAAGUAUCCUCCUGUCCAUGAAGGUUGCAUAAGUAGAUUUUCAGCUGACCAAUUUCAAUCAGAUCAGAUCCCUGCAGUCUAACUUUAUUCUCUUCACUUCUACAUGUGAAACAUGGCCUCUAAAUAUGGGUAGAGCUCAUACCUGAGUACUGGAGUUUUUGAUCAACUGUUUAUAGAGGGGAAUAGACCUCAAAGUUGAUUUAUUAACAAGAGAAAUCAAAAAGCAGAUGUAGUAAUAUAAAUGUAAUGACUGGUGCAAUUUCAGUAAAAUCUUUAUGUUGAUUUAUCUUUUUCAUGUGGUAAUCUGAAAGCAUAUUAUAUGUUCAUUGCCUGCAUGCCGAGCAUUAAGUUCAAACUUAACAGACUUGUUAUAUUUCCUGGUUAAAUCAAAAAACUUCUUUUUACAAGCCUGGUCAAAAAGAGCCUUGCAUUUAUUACUCUGUACUAGAAUUUGAUAUUUUGCUUGUUGUGUCUUUUUUUUGUUGUUUUUUGUUUUUUUUCAAAAUUCUGUAAAUGAAGAGCACUUUAAUUAUAUCUCACUAAAUGAAUGAUAAACACUGAAACAUAGACACUGUUUUUGUACAUUUGCAAAAAUAAAAUGAAAUGACCUCUAGAA